AUGCCUCGAAAGCGCUGGAUCGACAAGAACAACGCACAAACCUUUCAAUUACUCUACCGCCCACAAACCGACCCAGCCCUACACAAUGAAGCCGCUGGCGAGCGGGCACUAUACCAGGUCUCUGGGCCUGGCGCUUCAUCUUCCUACAAGCCUGAGUUCAAGGAAGGGUUACACUUGACCGAUUUGGAAAAUGACCUGGACUUUGAGGACAUGCGGGAAAAUGAGGGCGAGGCUGCACAGUACGGAAUCUACUAUGAUGACACCAGUUAUGACUACAUGCAGCACUUGCGAGAUAUUGGGGAAGGGGAAGGGGACUCACAUUUUGUGGAGUCGGUGCCUGUGAGAAUCCAGGGCAAGGGCAAGGGCAAAGCGAAGUCGAUGAAACUGGAAGAUGCACUGCGAGAGUUGUCGGUCGACGACGGUCAAAGUGUGGCAGGGAGUGAUAUGUAUUCAACAUUCUCAACUUCGACGAGGCCAAGGACGUAUCAGAACCAGCAGGAUGUCCCGGACGAGAUUGCGGGGUUUCAACCCGACAUGGACCCGAGACUGAGGGAGGUGUUGGAGGCGUUGGACGAUGAUGCUUAUGUGGAUGACAAGGACGAGGAAGAUAUCUUUGCUGCCCUCGCGAAAGAUGGUCGCAAUGGGGAGCUUGAAUUGGAGGAGUUCGAGGCCAACUAUCCCGAGGACGAUGAUGAGGGUUGGGAGUCAGAUGUCACCGAAAAGGCACCAGAGCAGCCUUCUGAAUUGAAAUUGACACCAACGGUUCAGGUGUCAGAAGACGGACACCGUGUGAAUGAAUUGCCCGCUCCGGAUGCAGAGGCGGCUGCAGCAGAAGACGGAGAUUGGUUGCGAGAUUUUGCCAAAUUCAAACGGGAUAAUGCACGAAAAGCGCCGCCCAAGGCCGCCGAAUCAAUCAUUGCUGCCUCCGCCAUCCAGGACAGAGCACCGUCCUUAUAUACCCUGAACGGGACCCCUCUACGGCAGAAGAAGCGCAAAGGUGCUUUGACCAACCCCAGCUCCUAUUCCAUGACGUCUUCCUCUCUCGCGCGGACCUCUGGCCAGCAAUUACUCGACGCCCGAUUUGACCAGGUGGAAAAGAUGUAUUCGCUGGAGGAGGGCGACGAGUUCGAUGACAUGGAUGGUGGAAUGUCGUUGGCCUCGGGGAUGACUGGCCGGUCCAAAAUGUCACAGCUGUCCACCACCAGCUUUGCAGAUGAAGGCGCUGUGCGAGAGGAUUUCGACAGCAUGAUGGAUGGCUUCCUUGGAGAUUGGAACAAAGCAAACCCCGGCGGAGGGAAACGGAAGGGCGCCAAAGGCAAACGUGGGAAGAACGGGAAUGAAAAGUACGGCCUCCAACAGCUGGAUGAAGUCCGGGCAGAACUGGGGCCUGCAAGGAUAUACCAACGGACAACGAGGGCAUGA